AUGGAAUUAUUUAUAUUCCCAUGGGAGCUCUCAACUUAUUCUCUUCCUUGUUCCAAUGACAUUUCUGAAUCAUUAGGGUUUACAAACAUAAAGGUUGAUCACCUCUGCUUUUUACUAGUAGUAGCAGUAUUGGUAUCACAAACUGUAUUAGGACAGAUUCCAUAUAAUCCAUCGGGUAUUUAUAUAGGAUUAAGUGAUUUAUUGAUUCGUGAUGUUGGAUCACAAAUAACAACAGAAGUACAAAAUACAUUCAACUCUUAUGCAAUUCCAUCACAAUCUGGGUCAAGUAGUAGUGCUGAUUAUACUUUUUCAAACUUUCAACAAAGUUUAGCAUUGGAUGAAUUCUUUUUGAUUCAAGGUACUACAGACACUGCAUUUGAGUUGGGUUGGCAAAACAUUGGAUUCAAUGUAAAGUGGAACUAUCAUAUCUGUGCAAAGACUAUCUUUAAUCCUUGUGAAGAUGGUUGGAUCCAAGUAUACACCAACAGUAAUAGUUCUGAUCCAAUCGUACUCGGUACUUCAUUUACCUUUGACUAUACAACCCAACAAGUCUCAUUCCAAGCUAUCAACACUACCAUGCUCUUUAACCAAGGUACCAUCUCCAUCUUUGUUCAAUGUACCAACUCUAUUUGUGUCAUUCCAGUUGAUGAUAUUGCUAGUAUGGUUGCUAAUGAAUUUAUUCCAACUGUUACUGAAGGUGUAACUAAUGAAUUAAAUAGUUAUGCAUCAAAGAUUGAAGCAAUGUGGGUAGAUCCACAAUAUAAACUUGAUUUCUCGGUCAAUGGAAAUGAUUUCUAUCUUGAUUUGACUGGAAGUAUUAUUGAAUCGAGUAAUCGUUCUGUUAUGACUCCAACCAUGACCAUUCAAUUUGCUGGCACAUCCCAAGUCUCCACAUCAUCGGGUACCGUAAACACCUACCCAGUUCAACCAACCGAUGUGCCAGACAGAUCACUUCUCGAAAACUUUGACACUGAUAUGGCAUUCACCCUAACCCCUUACAUUUUUGAAUCACUUGCCUAUUUACCAUUUGAAUCUAUUUUCCCUAUAACUCUUUCUCCAUCAGAAGUACCAUCAUCAAGUCCAGUACAAUUAAAUACAUCUGAUUCAUUCUUUUCACAAGUUGCACCAGGUCUAUCGGCUUAUCCAAAUCUAGGUCUACAAGUUACAUUGACUGCAGGAUCAUCACUUCCAAGUGCAUCGAUCAAUAGUUCCGGUGUUACGCUAUCCAACAUCCAAUUUAUUGGACAAUUUGAUAUUCUAGCGUCGAGUGGACCAAUCGAUGCAUUCACCGUCGAAUUUAUAGUAGCGAUUGAUCUCAAAAGUAAUGCUACCGUUGGAGACAUCCCUAACCAAAUUCUACUUGCUACCACGUUGGUAGGUCUCUCCCCAGCUGCUCUGGUAACCAACACCAAUAUCGGUACAGUCGAUGAAACUGGUUUCGUUCAACUCUUGCAAAUGCUACAAGGUGUCAUCGUCAUCCCAACCUUUACCGUUACUGCCCCACCAGCCAUGGAGUUUUACAUGCUCAAUGUUUACUAUGAUACUGAUGUUCUCCAAAUUCAAGCCGAUUUGAAUUGGAAGGCUGCCUCACUUGAACACAAAGCCACUAAAACCAAGAAGGUUUUAGAUGAUUGUGUUGUGAUUGCCUCUUUAGUCGUCAACCGAGUCAGUCGUCGGCCCUCUCCCUUUUGUCCAAACUUUCAAUCAAUCAACCCCAGGCAGCAGAUCAAAUAUAAUAACAAACAUUUUGAUCAGCAAACACAACAAAAUCAACUAACACAAUCAUCAACACAUAUAACAGUAGUAACAGUAGUAUUAGUAUUAGUAUACGAAUAG